AUGCAAGCAACCCCUGUGAAGAAGGCUGCUGUAACGAAUUUGGAUUCUGCGGACAUGGCCCUGACUUUUGCGGCAAAGAUGUCUGUGUUGCGGGAUGCGAUCGCAAGUCAGAAUGUGACCCCGGUUUUGGAGAAGAAUGGGCAAAAAGCAAAUCUUGGCUACUGCGGAACAACAAAAGAAUUUUGCGGCAACAAAACAGUCAAGCACGAUACUUGCUCCAAAGAUCGCUAUAUGGACAGAGUCGUUGGCUACUACGAAGGAUGGUCCACUCGGCGUCCCUGCCACGCUUUCUGGCCUGAGCAAAUUCCACUCGGUGUUUACAGUCACAUCAACUUUGCAUUCGCCACAAUCGACCCAGAUACAUACCAAGUGUUGCCGUCAGACAAGCGGGAUGUUGAUUUAUACAGCCGUUUGACCAGUCUGAAAACCUACGACAAGGACCUUAAGGUGAUGAUCGCUAUAGGUGGCUGGACAUUCAACGACCCUGGCCGAACUGGAACAGUCUUCUCCGAUCUAGCAGCCUCAGAAGAGAAGCAAGACAAAUUCAUCACUUCUUUGAUCUCUUUCAUGUCCACUCAUGAUUUUGAUGGCAUAGAUCUGGAUUGUGAAUAUCCCGAAGCGGACGACCGCAAUGGAAGGCCAGAAGACUACAAGAAUUUCCCCAAAUUCCUGACAUCCUACUGGUAUCUCCAACACUUCGAUCUCAAAGCCCUUGCAAAACAUGUUUCAUUUUUCAAUAUCAUGUCAUACGACAUGCACGGUACCUGGGAUCAGGACAACAAAUGGACCGGUGCAUUCCUCAACGCUCGCACAAAUCUGACAGAAAUCAAAUCUGCUCUGGAUCUACUUUGGCGCAAUGAUGUGCAAGGAGAUCAGGUUGUUAUGGGCCUCGCAUUCUAUGGCCGUUCAUACACAACCCAAGGCUGUACAGAGCCUGGAUGUGUGUAUGCCUCUGGAGGUCUUCCGGGUCCAUGCAGCAGGGAGUCAGGCAUUCUUCUAAACAAUGAAAUUAUGGAUAUUAUCCAUGACAGGAAAUUGACACCAAAGCUAUACAAAAAGGCCACAGUAGUCAAGGUUGUCACUUGGGACGAUCAGUGGGUCUCUAUGGAUGAUCGAGAGACCCUAGGACUGAAGGCUGAUUUUGCUCGUGAGCAAUGUCUCAGUGGGUUGAUGGUCUGGGCGAUCAGCCAUGACACGUCAACGGCAGACUUCUCUAAAGACCUCGCCGCGGUGUCAAACCGCCAAGUGUUAAUGCAACACGAUAUGAUUGACUCCGACAUUGUCACAGAAAGGACGAACCAUCACCAAUGCCGCUGGACCAACUGUGGAGAGAGUUGCCCCGCAGGAUGGAAAAUGAUCAAGCGGGCAGACGAUUGGAAGACAGGGGAUCCAGAAUACAUGAUGGAUGAUACGCAUUGUUACGGUUAUGGUUCGCGUUCCUGGUGCUGUCCCCCUGAAUAUAAACUUCCAAAAUGUGGCUGGUAUAAUUUCGAGAAAGGCAAUUGUGUGCCUGGAUGUGAGAGUGGAAUGGUCGAGAUUGGCUCAACAACAAACGGAUGCAAAAAGGACGGUCAAUACCAGUCGGCAUGUUGCUCAGUGGAAGACGAUAGUGGAAAGGAGCUGAGCAGCAUGGCGGUUUACAACACCUGUGAAUGGUCAAAGGAGCACCCCCGAUGCGACGAUGGCAAGUGUUCUGGAUUAAAAAGCACAAUCCUUGGACAGUCUGGCCAAGGUAGCGGUGAUGCCUACUGUUAUGUUGGGGACGUCUCGGGAAAGCACUGGCCAAAAAAGCAGAAAACCUUGCAGAAAUACUGCUGCAACACAGAAUCCAAGACCAAACGCUUCGAGAACUGCGAAUGGCGGAAUGAUGUGGGUUGGCUUAGGGCUGACCAGAUGUGCCGAUCUGGAUGUGGCACAAACCAGGUACGUGUGGCGAUGGAUGGCUACAACGAAGGCUGCUACCAGCACGGUGCAAGAGCAUACUGCUGUGAUGCAGUCAGUUAUACGGAGACUGAACGCAUGUCCGACGACCUACAAGAAUUUGAAGAUGCACUUAUUGACUGGAUGACCAACGUGGAAUGUGCGAACAAUUACCCUCACACACCAACCAAGGCUUUACGUAUCCGCGAGGACAAAUGCGAGGUCAUUGCCUCACAUAUACUUGUUGCCCACCUGGUUGAGAUCUUUACGGGUUAUUCAGGUCAAACUGACCACUGGGAUCGCCUGGUCGGUAUUUGGAACAAAGCCAUAAGCUCCCAGUUCGAGAAUUUGAAGGCUGGCACCAUGCUUCCGUUCAUUUUCUCAAAUACCUCAUUUCCAGAGCUCCUCCGAGACGGAUAUAAACAAACCGCCAUAUAUAUCUUGCAAAUUCCGGAGACGUAUAACAAGCUAUUUGGCAACAAGGAUACAACACUAUCAUGCGAACGGAACUUGUGCGACUAUGAUGAUGGAUUUUGUGAUGAGACCGACGGCGACACCGACGACGAUGUGCUUACCCGACGUGAUCCCCAAUGGCAAGAGCAAAAUGGACCUGCCCUGCAAAAGCGUGCCAAUGCAAAACAAUUGGUGUUCAAAUGCGCAGGUAAAAUUGGUGAAAGGAUCCUAGAAUACACAAGAUUCGCCUAUCCCGGGACGAAGGACUGGUUACAACUCAGAGCCAAAAAGAAGGAUCCCAAAAAACAGAGCGUUGUCGAUAAUACUGUUGUCAAUAACGACCCGGUUGAUUGCGCGGAUACUGAUGUGCUUGAACGACAAGCGACAGCUGAAGAACUCACCCCCGGAACAGAGACUAUGGUCAACACAGAUCAUGUCGUGGAGUCUAAAUUGAUUAAAAAGUUUAUGGCAUGGGCUAUUCUGGCUGGGAACUGUGAUAUUGAUUGCGACUUCAUUGUCGACUUCUUGGGUGGCGAUAAUAUCCCCGCGAAUGCACCCAAAACCCCAGGCAAUAAUCUGAUCCUCCGAAAGCCCAUAGAUCGGAUUAUGGAGCAACUUGGAAGCAAAACCAACUUCGACGUGUUCCGGCUAAUGAGUCAAAGCUUGAACAAACUAAAAGGCGAUCUCUGGAGUUAUGAUUCGCCACAAAACACCUUCAUUGGGAAUGGAGUGUGGGCGACAGCUUUGGCCAACUCAGACCCUGAGAAGGCCUUGACCACGUUGCGAGACGUAAUUGCGGUUUAUAAUUAUCAAAAUUUGGAAAAAGUCUGGGAACGAUUCAAAAUAGUAUACGACGGCAUUCGUUCCAAGUUGGAUCUCGCCGCCGCCGCAUACAAAGAUCAAGAGAGUAAAUCAGUCGACCUUGGGUCCUGCUGGGAUCGCUUUUUUGAAAUGGAGAAGAACCAGAUGGUAAAAUUUGGAAAGGAUUUCAUCCUGCAAGGACUACAAGACUUGGCCGCUCGCUGGGUUGAAGAUCCGAGCAAAGACGACAAGUACCAACAGACGGCCCAGAUGGUUAAGCAAGUCCUGGCGGUAUUGUGUGAGAAGGUCAAUCAGAUCUAUAUGCCUGAUUUUGCUCCAGAUUAUAGCCCAGGGUGGGAGUGA